GUGACGGAAUCUGAUGUCUAUAAGAAAAUGUUAGAAAUGGAGAACUUAGCUGAAACAAGGCUUCAGUCAAUUAGUGUAUUAGAAGCACAGAAGUUCGAUUUAGUUCAAGAAUUACAUGUUUUGCAACAAAAAAAUAAUGAAAUGGAAGAUAAACUAGCGGACAUAUCUCAGCUACAAAAUGAACAUGUUUGCUCAGAAAUGAAAUCUGUUCAAUUAGAAGAACAGAUUGACGAGCUAACUGCUUUAAAGAAGGAGCUAGAAAUUAUCGUAGAAAAUUUGAAAUUAGAUAAAGAACAGUUGAAUGGAACAAUCAAAUUAUUGGAGGAAGAAAAAGAAGAACUCAUACAUAAACUCGAAAAUUAUAUACAAGAAAAUAUGGAGCUCACUGAUAAAUUAGACAAAUUAAGUGCAGAGAAAGUUAGUUCUGCAGAAUCUAUAGAGAUUGUGGAAUCCUUAACUACCCAAGAAAAAUUGGAACUUGAAGAGUAUAACAAAGGCAUGGAAAGCAAAGUCGAUGAUGAUGAAGCAGGCAAUGUGUCCCCACCAAACGAAAAAAGUAUAGAAACCCUAAUGGAACAAAGUGCAGAUUUAAACAAAAAGAAUAGAAUUGUUUACUCAGGAACGGGAAGAAGUUAUGGAUAAAAUGAGCAAGAUUAACAUUGAAAACAAUUUGUUGCAUGAAAAAAUAGUUGAUUUAACAAACCAAUGUGGUAAUCUGCAAAAUAAUAUAGAUUUGAUCACCAAUGAAAAGAUUAAAUUACAAGAGCUUAAUGAAGAACUCAAUCAACAUAUUGAAGGACUAAAACGUGAGCGAGUGGAAAUAUUAAAAGAAACUGUUGAAAUGACAAAACCAUCAAAUGUCGAGGAAUCUUCAGAAAGCAUUCCUUCCGAACCGCCACAAGAUGAAAAAUCUGUGGGUGACAAAAAUGUUAGCAGAACUAAAUCUGUUAAACAAUUGACAAAAGAAAUCCUUAAGCUGAAGAAUACAAUAAAAGAGAGAGAAGCUGAAAUUGCAGACUCCCAGAUGAAGAUAUUGUCCUUAGAAGAGCAACAGCAGAAACAAAGCGAGUUACUACAGAGUAUUUCUUCAUAUGAACAUAAAGUUAAAACUCUUACUGAUGAAAACCAUCAAUUGAAAGAGGAAAUAGAAGUAUUAAGUAGAAAUCAAGAAUCUGAACAGCAAUUAUUGCAGUACAAACAAGCAAACGAAUGUUUGCAGCAAGAUAUCCAUAAAAUACACCAAGAGUAUUCUGCAACUCUUAGCGGUCGAGAUAGUCGAAUUAAUGAAUUGGAAAGUCUUCUUUUGGAAUAUGAAAAACAAAUAUGCAGUUACGGAAAUACUAUACAGCAAAAGACAAAAGAAAUGACAGAGUAUAUAAAUCAAAUAACUAAACUGAAUGAUGUGUCACAAAAACUAAAGUCAACUAUUGAAUUACUUGAAGAAGAAAAGGCUAAAGAUCAAAAUGCUGAAUUGGUAAAGUCUCUAAAUAAGCAAAUAGGUGCGUUUCCAGAAAAAGCUUGUAGAGUAUGAAAAAACUAUAAGUCAAUUAGAAGAGGAAAAAUCACAGCUUCUCUCAGUAAAAGCUACUCUAGAGAAUAAAAAUAUUACCUUAGACACAGAGUUAAAGAAGUUGCAAGAAGCAUACAAUGAAAAUCAAAAUCUUAUUGUUGAAUUACAGACCCAACAGCAAAAACAUUCAGAGGAAGUUUCGGGGCUAAUGACACAAAAUAAAGAACGAGACGAAGAGAUUCACGAAAUAAAGUUGCAACUAAGGAAGGAAUCUAUAGAAAAUGAAAAAUUGCACACAAGUGUUACCGAAAAAGAUAAGGAAUUAAAUAAAUUGACACAAAUGUUUAAAGAAACCACCGAGAAAUUCGACAAAUUAUCUUUUGAAAAGAAUAAUUUACAACAGGAAUUUAAUGCCAUAGAAGCAAAAAAUAAAGAAUUACUGGAAAAAUUGAAAAAGUUUGCUGUCAAUAUAAAGAAAAAGGCGUCAAUGUAUACUGAACUAGAGACAGCACACCACGAAAUACAAAAGCAGUUAGAAUCAAAGAAUUCUCAUAUAGAACAGUUAGUGAUCCAAGUAGAAACACUUCCAGUGUUGCAAGAUAAAUUAAAACACGCUGAAGAGGAAAUAAACAGGUUGCAAGUACAGAAAAAUAGUUUAGAUAGCCAAAAGUCACAAGAUAUUAUACAAAUGCAAUCUGAAAUGGCAUCUUUGGAGAAUCAACUGAUAAAAUACACAGAGCAACUAUCAGUAGCAAAUGAAUCAUUAACUUGUAUUACUCAAGAAUUAAACGAAGUUCGAGAGAACGUUCUACUGAAAAACAUGUAGAUUCUUUAAACAAAAAAUAGUCGAGUACGAAAUAGAUCAGAAAAAUAAGCGCAAAUUUCGUAACAAAGAUCGCAGCCAUGGAAGCCGAUAUAAGUCAGAAAGAUAAUCAAAUAGCUGACUUGUUAAGUAAAUUUGAACAAGAAGAUAACAUUAGAACUCAAAUGCAAUUUGGUUAUGAUGCUAAAAUUCAAGAAAGAGAUCUAUACAUAGAGAAUUUAGAAGCGGAAAUUAGUAAGUAUAAGAGUCGUAUAGAUCGUCUUGAAGAUUCUGUGUCAAUUAUGGAAGACAGAAGACAUUCACUCGAACGUAAAGCUGAUCAAUUGGGCACUCAACUACAAGAAAAAAAAGGCCUAUAAUGAAUACACAAAUCAAGAAGAUGAAUUAGUCAGCAGACUGGCAGUUCUCAUAGAUCACGACAGAGUUGUUGAAAAACAACUGUAUGAAAUAGAUAAUGAAACAAAGACUUACAAAAUAAAGUCCAACAUCUAAUGGAUGAAAAUCAGAGACUACGAAAGUCUUUGUCUGAUAUACAAGAGCAUUGUAAUCAGUUUGUCGAUAAAGCAAAUAAAUUUGAAUCGGCUGAAUCAGAAAUGGCUAAAUAUCGAUCACAAGUGCAAGACCUCGAAACACAAAUAAAGCGAAUUACACAUGAUUAUCAAACAUUAAUAUUGCAGAAGAAAAAUUGAAGAUUUAGAAUUAGAAUUUAAUACACAAAUUGAGAGCGCUAUUAAAGAUAAAAAAGUUUUAAAUGAAAAAUGUGAAAAAUAUAGUGAACGAGUAUUACAGCUAGAAUCACAGCUUCAAGAAUAUAGACUCAAUAUUGAAAAUCUUAACCUGAAUAUUGAAGACCUGAACAGGGUUAAUGAAGAAUUAUUGACAAAAAGUUCAAGCAAAGAAACUUAUGUUGCUCCAGAUUAUACAGAACAAUAUAUUAGUGAAAUAAACAAAUUAAAUUCAGUGAUUAGUAGUAAAAACCAAGAAAUAUCAGAGUUAACCAAUAAAUUUCAUAUUAAUCAAACAAAUAAUCUAACAAUUGUAUCUAAUUUGGAAAGUAACAUAUCAGAUCUGAAUGUCAAGCUAAACAAU